AUUGACAUGAGUAGAGGCAUCUGACUGGUGCUCAUUUCCUAAAGAAACCUCCUUUACCUCUUAUCCCUGCUCCAUCCUCUACCCCUUGGACCAGCUUCCCCAUUUCUGCCAAGUUUUUGCAUAAUGCCCAUGCAACCUUGCGUACUGCUGUGGACGGGCAGGUGAGACCCGGGCAGCAACUUCCGUGGCGAGCAAACAGCCUCAAAGCCUCGAGCCGCUGCAAACUGCAGCGUCUCGGGGGCCCAGGCAGCGCAGCAGCAUGCAGACGUUUGCAGGCCGGCUACGACAGAAUGGUGCUACGCUUAUGCUAAUCCCACAGCUUUGGCGAACGAAGGGCCUCUGCAAGCCAGGACCUAUCACAGCGUGGGGAAUUACAUCAUUUGGAAAACGGGCUGCAGCACAAGGCUGCCAGCGACGGUGCAGCAUCCCCACUCGCUCGUAGGCGGAGGCCGCUCCAUUUCAGCCUGAGCAGGCACCGUUUUAUAAAUCUGAAUAGUUUUUGUUAGCCUAGAAGUUGAUAAUCAAGGAACUUCAAGAUGAAGAGAGAUGUGUGCUUCCACGUCUUUGGAAGGGUGCAUUAAUGAUAAAAUUCCACAGAUCCUGUGAUUUGUUCCUUAAUUUUUGUCAUCUAGACACGAUUUCCUUUUACAGAUAUAUUGUUUUAUUGCUUAUAUUUGCCUUUUUAAAAUAAAAACAAGAAAUGAGCAUAACAAGAAAAUAUAAUUGGUAUGAUUCUGCAUGCAACCUCACCCACGUGCUAUUUGUGAUCAGUGCAAAGAGCUGUGGAGAAAUAAACUGCAAGAUGACUGUGCCCUUUUGUGAAAUCUUCCGGCUCAGAAAUGUUAAAAUACCGUCAGGCACCUUUUGCUCUGAAAUGAAUGUACCAAGGUUAGGAUUGCCACUGUGCUCUUUUAUUUGUUUUUGAACCCAGGUAUAGUAGUAAAUGGCUGUGGAGCAUAAACAUCUCCCUGGCAUAUCAUCAGGCAGUCUUGCUGGAGGAAUUUUUUUCCCCCCUGUAAGCUGCCAAGGUGGACUCCUUAGCUUCUGCGAUAGACCAAAUGAGACUGCAGUUCCCCCAUCAGUUUCAUAAUAGUCAGAAAGCUUCCAUUUACAUCAUUGUGUGCAGUGCAGGGCAGCAGCGGCCAGGAAAUUUGAAACUAUUUUGAUUCCAGUUGACUAGAACAGCAGCAAUUGAAUUAGCUGGUAUCGUUAUAGAUAAACUGAUGAUCUGUGCAUUUCAUUUCUUUGACCAAUGGGUAACUGCUGGAGCUACAGUAACCUCUGUAGCGGCCACGGAAGUAGUACUUUGCUCCCGCAUACCGUCAUCAAUGAAUUUCCAGAAUAUGGUACAAUAGAGCCAAGUGGAGACACAAUGAGGAGUUCGUCUGAGGGUCAAGCAGGGCCUGUAGUGUGCAGCCCUGAGCGAUGGGACAGUGACCAGGUACCUUGCCGGCCGCUUCCUGAGCGCACUCAUUCAGCAGAUGGUUCAGGAACUCACGCUGAGGCAUUGCAGCUGCAUGCUGCAGAAGAGGGUUUACAACCUGAGGGUAACCUUCCAGAGACUGUGAAAAUCUCUGGAUGGCCGGAAGCAACAAAGGUGCAAGAGAAAGCAAAUACUUCUCUGGAUUCAGAGACACAAAUGGAAAAAGAGAGGAUUACUGGCAGCCAAAAUGUGCAGACAGCCAGAGAGCCAGUUCCAGCAGGCCAAGAAAAACCCUCAGACAUGUCUCUUCCAUCUGAAGGAACAGCUGAGGAAAAAAUGUAUUUGAUCAUAGAAAAAGAUCUGGCUGCAAUAUUGACUGGAGAAAAGCAGUCAGAGUCCUUGCAAGCCAUAAGUAAUAAAACUGAGGAGGUCCACACAGCGCAGGAGACAAGCUGUCAUAGACCAUCUGUGACAAACCUGGAAGCAGCCAGCAAAGUGGAGGGGUGGGCGCAUUUUGAGGAGUUUUCAGCGUACACUCAAGGCAAAAUGCAAAUGGGUCCUGAGAGGAGGCUCUCAAAAGAGGCAGCUGUGAGCAAACAUGUAGAAUUUCAAGGGGUGGAGAUUUUAUGGUUGAAGAAAGCAGAGGAACAGAAAAGAGAGAAGCAUUUGCUAUUGGAGACGGUGUCCGUUGAGAGGAAAGCUUUCCCCAAAAUACCCAGCCACUCUGUACCACCUAUGGUCUCCCCGGGCUUGAUCACCUCACCGGAGAGUGCUUGGAGGGAGGUCUGGGAAGACCUGAGGCCGGGAACUGUCUCUGGAGCUGCUCCUCUGGCUUUGCUUGAUGAAAGUGGGGAGGAUGAAGUCUUUGUGAAGGAGGAUAAGACACAUGGAGAAGACACUGAGGUGGUGGGAGACAAGGACAGGAUCAUGGAGGAGGAAGAAUCGGCCAUGGGAGGGUAUGAGGAUGUCCUUGGACAGAUGCACUCUGACGUCUCCACCGAUCUGUACAGCUCGCAGUUUGAAAACAUUCUGGACAAUGCGUCUUUAUACUAUAGCGCAGAGUCACUGGAGACCUUAUACUCAGAGCCUGAUAGCUACUUCAGCUUCGAAAUGCCGCUCACUCCAAUGAUCCAGCAACGUAUGAAGGAAGGCAGCCAGUUUUUAGAAAGGACUUCAACCUCGGGACAGCAAGAUGUCUUUAAGCUUCCCACUGAUGGAGAAAAGAAGAGUCGCCGCGAAGGGAUCUCCAAUGGCUUAAGGGAUGUAAGUGAAACGCUCUUUAGAGGAGACGUCACAGAAGUUCCUCGUUUGGAAAGCAAUGUUGGCCUGAAGAAUAUGGUGUUAGAGUCCAGUGCUACCAUGGGGAGCAAUGAGCUUCAGGAGAAGGAUGCUGCAGGAGCCCUGGGCCGUGAUAUCAGCAAUGGCAGCAGCAGCAAUUUGGAAGCAGCCCAACGCCUGGCCAAACGCCUCUACCAUCUGGAUAGAUUCAAACGCUCUGAUGUGGCGAAACAUUUGGGUAAAAACAACGAAUUCAGCAAACUUGUGGCUGAAGAAUACCUUAAGUUUUUUGAUUUCACGGGCAUGACGCUGGACUGCUCGCUGAGGAGUUUCUUUAAAGCCUUUUCACUUAUUGGAGAAACUCAGGAACGAGAGAGAGUUUUAAUCCACUUCUCCAGCAGAUACUAUCAGUGUAACCCAAACACCAUUUCGACUCAAGAUGGGGUUCACUGUCUUACGUGUGCCAUGAUGCUGCUGAACACUGACCUGCAUGGCCAUAACAUUGGAAAAAAGAUGACCUGUCAGGAGUUCAUUGCUAAUCUUCAGGGGAUGAAUGAUGGUAAAGACUUCCCAAAAGGGCUGUUGAAGGCCCUCUACAAUUCAAUCAAGAAUGAGAAGCUUGAAUGGGCAGUAGAUGAAGAAGAGAAAAAAAAAUCUCACGCAGAUGGUACUGAUGAAAAGGAUAAUGGGAGCCAGACAAAGGCUACUGGUCGCAUUGGCAACUCUAAUAACCCAUUCUUGGACAUCCCUCAUGACCCCAACGCUGCUGUGUAUAAGAAAGGAUUCCUGGCUCGGAAAAUCCAUGCUGAUAUGGACGGAAAGAAAACUCCCAGAGGGAAGCGAGGCUGGAAAACCUUCUAUGCUGUGCUGAAGGGAACAGUCCUGUACUUGCAGAAGGAUGAAUAUAAACCAGAAAAGGCUUUGUCGGAGGAAGAUCUGAAGAAUGCAGUUAGUGUGCACCAUGCACUGGCAUCCAAGGCAACAGACUAUGAGAAGAAACCCAAUGUCCUUAAGCUUAAAACAGCAGAUUGGAGGGUCCUGCUUUUCCAAGCCCAGAGCCAAGAAGAAAUGCAGGCCUGGAUCAACAAGAUUAACUGUGUGGCUGCUGUCUUCUCUGCACCACCGUUUCCAGCUGCGAUUGGGUCUCAGAAGAAAUUCAGUCGCCCACUUUUGCCAGCCACCACAACAAAGCUAUCUCAGGAUGAACAGCUGAAAUCCCAUGAAGCUAAGCUGAAGCAGAUCUCCACUGAGCUUGCCGAGCAUCGCUCCUAUCCUCCUGACAAGAAGCUCAAAGGCAAGGAAGUGGAUGAUUAUAAGCUGAAGGACCACUACCUAGAGUUCGAGAAAACGCGCUAUGAGAUUUAUGUUGGCCUCCUGAGAGAAGGGGUGAAGGAGCUGCUGAGUGGAGGAGAGAAUGAUGGGCCAGGACUGAAGAAAUCCCACUCGAGUCCCUCCUUAAAUCAGGAGUCUCCAGUCAGUGCCAAGGUGAAACGCAACGUCUCAGAGAGAAAGGACUACAGACCAGAAACACCCAGCGUUAAGCAGAAGGUCACUUAGGGUGGAAAUGGCAACGAGGGGAAUAUCCAUGCAGCAGAACACCGGUGGUCAAACAUUUUUCCUUUGAUAAGCUGUCAUUCACAAAAAUAAGUGCAUCUGCCUGAUUGGGGUGUUAGUGACAUUUUCUAUUGUAUAUUUUGUUGUUUCUGUACAGAUUGUGGGAGAUGUCUUUGCUCCUGAUUUGCUUUGCUUUGUUAAUUUAUCAUUUAGCAAUUGAAGCACAUCCUUGGGGAUUUUUUUGUUUUCUUCUGUUUCUAAAGGAGCGUGGGGGAGGGGUAGACCUCUGUGACUUAUUAUCUGUCUCUUCCCCUUUUAUCUCCUCCCAUGGGCACGUGGCUUUCAUCUAUCAAGUCACUUGUCACUUUAUUUAUGUGGUCAGUGGGUGAAGUAACUGGACAAAUGCUGCAGUGUUGUGAAUUCGGACUGUUGCUGUGAGAAGUGUGUGCAAAUAGGCAGCUGCAGAAGGCUGGUUAGAGUCCAGGGGGCUGGGAAUGGUGUUUUCCUGACAGUGCAGAGCGGGUGAUACUGAUACUGAGCAGUGCGUGCUUCAGUAAAUAGGCACUGUUGCUUAUGGUUGUGGCAUUGACUCUGGACCCGCAAAGGCAAAGAAAUGAAACCUGAAAAUCUCUGGGAGUGCUGGGACGGCAGCAUUGCAGUCAUUCAUUUGUUUCUUUCCUCAGGAAAGUCUUCUCCUGAGGUAGCAGACUGGGGGAUAUCGAAACCUAUGCUGUCUCUGUGGCCAGAGAUUACCCAGCCGGAAUGAGCCUGGACUUUAAACUUAUUUGCAAAGAGGCUACCGUAGAUGCCAGCCAUUAUAAGCAUUAUGUUUUAAACACAGAGGGUGUUUGUGUAGUUUUUAACUAUACACCCUCACUUAGCUGCUAUACAGAGAGCCUUACAAUAGAUACAUCAUUCAUCCAUGUUCCCCCUUCCAGGAGUUUCCUUGUUGGUAUGCACAGAUAUUUGCAAUUUCUCUGCUAGCGACCGAGUAUUUUGCCUUUUCUCUUCAGGAGGGGAUUCUCCUCGGCUAUCCAUUUUCCUUUAGCUCAUGUUUGAGUGGAACAGGCUGGCGCAGACUGGGGAGUGGGAUAGACGUGUGCUCCUCAGGGCCAGAGGUCAAUGCCAUCCUGGCUGCUCUGUGUCUGGAGGU